CAUUUCAGAAAACAAUAACAUUGACAAAAUUUGAUGUGUUACUUUGACAGAUUAAUAAAAAGAAAAUGCCAUUCAAGGGUCAGACUGUGUCGGUGAUUCAGCCAUGUUAUGACGGACAAGUGUUGCCAAUAGCACACCAUGUGGUAGCAGAGGGGUUGGCACUACUGUCUAUCAAGACUGGACAUGACGACUGCAGGUUGGUGCGAGACUCACAGUCCAAACUGGCAACACUGAAUUGUGUGCAGGGUAUGAAGGCCCGUAAUUCCUUUUGGAACCUACACAAACCGGAGUUAAGAAAAAUAAAGGGAUUUGAUGGCAUUACAACAAACAAUGUGAUUGAACUACUGAAUAAUCAUAAUGUUGAAAACAGGGGUUUGAAGUCUUACAAGAAAAUGGUUGUGAGCAAGUUAGAAUCGAUACUAUACAAGAAAUCAAAACCUCUGGCUCAAACUCAAGUUCUGGUACCGAAUGUCUCAUGGCCAAUCACCGAAUGCGUCCUGGCUUCCAUCUUUCAAGAAACAGAGAUGGGCAACCCUGAAAUUUUGAGGGGGAAAAACAUUGAGAAGAAAAUACAAUCUAAUAAUGAUUUUCAAACCAAUGUCUCAAUAUCAGGUAAUGAUAGUAAAGAACCCUUGCUUAUAUCUCUUCAUUCAUCAAACCUAUGCGGAAACCUGUCUGACAAUUUUAUCCCAGCAAGAGAACUCUUAAUCCCAUCUGGAGAGGAUUGUCCGAGGACAAUAAGUUCUUCAAACCCAGUAAAUGAUUCACAUGAAGUUGAUUCAUCCCAACUAGUUGUGUCUUCUGGCAUUCUACUAGAGAGUAAACUAUCUCAACAUCAAAUUUCAAUUCCUUCGGAAAUUCAAUCAUGCAAGGUUAAUUGUGCUGUUACAACAAAUGAAGUUGACAUACUGGUAACCAAGAAUGACCAUGAACUGGACAUCUACCAAGUUUUUGAUAAUGUUGUAAAUUGUGACAAAGUUGAAACAUCAUCGAUGGAGGUUCAGUCUUUAUUAUCAGAUCUAUGUCAACAUAUAGAAGAUAUUAAAGACGUCAUUAAUUCCUAUAUGUCUUCGUUCUACACCCAAGAAGAGGAACAUGACAACUACCCAAAUGUGUACACACCUCAAAAAGAAGUUGCUGCUUAUUUUGUUGAAUGUUUAUCGAAGGAAAACAGUAGUGAUCAAAUAGUAACUGGUGAAUUCUAUGAAAAAGAGUUAUCUGGAGUUGAUCAAACUGAUGUCUUGCAGAAUGUAGUUGAAAAUCAUAUCAUUUACGAGAAUGAAGAUGAAACCCCCAGUUACUGCUAUUGGAAUGAAACCAAUCUAGAGAAUGAUCUUGUAGCUAACAUAGGCGUAGCCAAUUUAAACAACUCAGAAGAAGUCAAAACGAGUGCCAUAGUGGCAACAGAAUUUGUCGACAAAACAUGGACAGAGUUCAUAAAUAAUGUCGAAACACACGCUGUUCUUGAAGAUUUAGUAAAUCAAAACGAAACAACAAAAUCUGCACACGAAAUGCCAAACUACAUGAAUGGUUUCUGGGCUAACAUGUACGACCAUUGUAUCUUCCAGGAAGCUGAACAUGUUGUUUAUACUCUUGACAGUCUUCUGACGAAUGGGAUUUUUCCUUUGGAUGAAGCCAAUAACGCUGCAUACAUACCUUGCAAGAUUGUAGAGCUUGACGAUGAAGAGGAUUUUACUGUGAUUGAAGAAGAAGCAUACAAACAAGAUGGCUCAGACAGAAGUUUAACAAAGAAUAAAGAACAUCAAGCGAAUCGUCAGGAUAAUGUAAAUUAUAAUGCUCAUGACAAUCUCCUGAUGAAUGAAAUUUUUCGUUUGGUUGAUGCCAGAAAGACUGCAGACAUGUCUUGCAGAAUUGUGGAGUUUGAUGAAGAUAAGCAUUUUACUGUGUUAGAAGAAAAGGCACAAAAACAAGACAACAGUUUAGCAAGGAAUAACGAACAUCAAGCAAAUCAUCAGGGUGGAUCAUAUGUUUGUACAAACGAAAAUCCUCAUAAUCUUGACAGUCUGUUGAUGAAUGGAAUUUUUCCUUUGGAUGAAGCCAAAAAGGCUGCAGACCUCCCUUGCACAUUUGUGGAGAUUGAUGAAGAAAGGCAUUUUACUGUGAUAGAAGAAAAGGCACAAAAACAAGACAACGGUUUAACAAGGAAUAACGAACAUCAAGCGAAUCAUCAGGGUGGAUCAUAUGAUUGUACAAACGAAAAUCCUCACAAUCCUGACAGUCCGUUGAUGAAUGGAAUUUUUCCUUUGAAUGAAGCCAAAAAUGCUGCAGACAUCUUUUGCAGAAUUGUGGAGUUUGAUGAAGAAAGGUAUUUUACUAUAUUAGAAGAAAAGGUGCAAAAUCAAGACAGCAGUUUAAUAAGGAAUAACAAACAUCAAGCAAAUCAUCAGGAUGAAAUACAAGGAACUAAUGAUAAAAAUGGAACUAUUACGUCAGAUGGAACUGAAGCAGAAGAAACUAUCUUGGGAAACAAAAACAAAGGGAUGCACUCUGAGCCAUUUUUCCAUCAGGAAAAAGUCAAUGUGAAUGAAGUAGAAUCGUCUAGGGAACCUGACUAUAAAGUAGUUCUGGAAUCUGUUAACCACCAAGGAAAGGUAGAUUUCUUGACACAAACAGUAACGGAGAUAAAAGAAAAAGACAAAAACGAAACUUACUAUGGUAUAGUUCAGAAAGAACAACCGGACCAAGACUGUGCAGAUGGGCAAAAUAUAUCAGCAUUAGACAUAAGUUAUGAAAAGGUAAACAUACAAAAUACAGGUAAUCUAGACGAAGAAAAUCCUGUUUCGGGAUAUUCCAUGUUCGAGAGGAUCAAGGAAUUGAACAACUCUGGUAUAUCAAAUUCUUUUCUUUUUUCAUCACCUACUACUGAACUCAACUUGACAAAUCCCAACAUUAGCAGGAAGUAA